AUGCUGCUGUCUUUGACUCGGCCAUCCCUCUCAGGGAUGCUCCUGCUGCUGUUGGUAUCAAACCUCCACCAGUGCGAGACGGUGACUUCUACUUCCACACAAGACUAUGAGGCUGAGCAGAGUGUGGUGUCACUCAAGGACCUGAUUGACCAUGCCCUCACACUGUCACAGACCACCUAUGAUAUCACUAUGGAAAUGCGCAAGUUAUUUUUUUCAGAUGGCUUCUCCUCCAAAAUGUUCCAAAAAUUUGUAUUGGGUUUCCUCAAGGACAAUAAGCACAUGAUCAAGACUCUCAACAGCUGCCACACAUUUUCCCUCAACACUCCAGAAACUGUGAAGGAAGCCCGAGAGAUCUCACUUGAAGAAUUUGUGAAUAUAAUCCUCCGCAUUGUGCAUGCCUGGGAUAAUCCUCUACAUCACCUAGUGACCAAACUCCGUGGUAUGAAAGGUGCCCCUGAUGCAAUUUUAUUAAAAGCCAAAGGCAUUGAAAGCAUAAACAAGGAGCUUCUGAAGAGUAUCAUGAUGAUACUCAGCAAGGUUCAUCCAGGAAGAGAGGAAAAUAAGGAUUAUCCUGUCUGGAAUGAUCUAGAGUCUUUGCAGGCAGCUGAUGAAGAACUUCACUUUUUUGCUCUUUAUAAAUUGUUCUACUGUUUGCGUCUUGAUGCAUAUACAGUUGAUCUUUAUCUCAAGUACCUGAGAUGUGAGCUUAUUGGUGGUGAGAUCUGCAGCGCUGUGAAAUUUUAA